AAAUACAAAAAUGGCUGCUGUGCAACUAAAUUUAUCGAAAAUGAUUUCUGCACAGCUUCGUAAUAAAGCAAAUGAAUUUUUAAACUCGCGAAAACAUGCCAAUAAUCUCGCUGAUAUCCUACAAAUGUUUGAGGCUGAAACCGAGAAUUAUACGCCGCUUCUGCUUACUAUAGAAGUUAUUUUCACGGAGCUAUUAAAACGGGGUGAUUUAAUCCAGCACAUAGUUCCAUUGAAACCAAUAGACCACAGCCCAGAAGCAGAGUACACAAGAUGGUUGUGCGAUUGCUACGAAGCUGCCAUAAACUGUGCACUAGAAUGUAUGAGGCGUGGACGGACCAGCUCACGACUUCAAGCACUCGUGACGGCUUGCAAACUGCUCCAGGCUGAAGGGAAGCAUCCGUUGGAACAAACAACUGGCUACUUCUUCCCUUCUGUUAGGCUUAAGAAUAUUUUCGCUGUGCUACUAGACUCUGAAACUUCAAUGUCAGCUCCGAUAGCGCGCUUUCAAGAAUUCACAGAAUACAGAGAUGUGCAACAACAUGGUCUGAAAGUGCUUUCGACACUCGCUUUUCGCAAAUCACCGUCACCUAUGUACAUGCAAAACUUCCUAGAGUUACUUGACAAGUUGCUGGCAGCCGAGAUACCAACUGAGAGCAAAGCCAAAUGCAAGGACAGAGAUAAUGAUGAGAAUGAAAUGAAGGUGCUGUGUGCUGCUGAAGGCAAACCCAACUUUCCAUUCAACCCAGCAAUGUGCCGUCGGUUAGCCAACCGUUGCUGGAGCUAUGCAUGCCAGUGGCCGCUGUGUGAAGAGCCUCGUACGCACCGCCGAGCUCUGUUGCUACUCGUUGAGCGCCUGAUGCCUCUCCUGACCAAGCCACAUCUGGCCACUGACAUGCUCUGCGACAGUCUUGAUGCAGGAGGACCAAUUAGCAUGCUUGCCUUACAAGGAGUGUUGGAACUAGUGAGGCACCACAACAUCGACUAUCCAGACAUGUAUGACCGUCUGUAUGCUAUGUUUGAACCAGAGAUGUUUGCCACACGGUACAAGAAGCGACUUAUGCAUCUUACGGAUAUAUUCCUUAGCUCCACACAUUUACCUGAAAGCCUGGUGGCAGCUUUUGCUAAACGUCUGUCUCGGCUGGCUUUAGUUGGUUCACCGGAGGAUGCCAAAGGCCUUUUACAGUUGGUGGCCAAUUUGUUAAUGAGACACCCUGCCUUGAAACGCAUGAUCUGCUGUGAAGACACACCUGCCAUUAUGUCGAACGACCCAUACGUGAUGGAGGAGUCGUCGGCCCGCCGUGCCCGCGCACUGGGGUCGUCGCUGUGGGAGCUGCGCGCGCUCCGGCGCCACUGGGAGCCCGCCGUCAGCGCCGCCGCCGCCGGGCUGCUGGCCGCCGACACCCGGGACGCGCCCGCCGCGCCCGUCUGGCUGGCGAGGGACGAUGACUGCGCUUUGUUUGAUGCAGAACUAAAAAAGAGAUUCAAGACUAUUGAACUAAACUUCAUAAGACCACAAACUAUGGCCCUGCCCUCCGGGGAACGGCUCUUACAGUACUGGGACAUCAUGGCUUGAAAAAGAUUUCGACAUUGAAUACCAAAUUCACCCGAAGGUGUAAAAAUAGGUAUGAAUAUUUUAUUUUUCCAUUCAAAGGCGAAAAGGAUUUGCCUGAAUCCGAAUAAAGGAAAACUGAUUUUGAUUGAAGAGUAUUAAUAUAUUGAUACAGUGAAAUGCCGGAAAUUCUAAAUAGCCUAGAAGAAAACUUUAGGUUUCCAGAUAGUUCUAAACAUACGUGAAAAUUAAAUGAUCGACAGUUUUAUUGAUUGAUAAUUUAAUUUGAGCGUCAACAUUGCAAGAUAAAUGACCAAAAAACCCUUUCUGUCAGAUGUUUAACAUAGAAUUAAUUGAUAAAAUAUAUAUUUAUAAGAGGUAUUGAGUAUGCGAUUGCUUACUAAUGAACGUGAAUAUAGUGUUUAAUAAAAUAUUACGGGUUUAAAAACGUUCAUAAAUUAUUUUGUACUGAAAACUCAUAGGUAACCCUAUGUAAUACAUCCUAUACAAUUAGUAGUAAUGCGGUUUUUUCAAUGCAAUAUAAUUUGCAA